AUGGCUUCAACUUAUGAUUUGAAUGGCAAAGUCGCCUUCGUCACUGGUGCCAACGGGAUCACCGGAAAUGCUGUCAUUGAGCACCUUAUCCAGUGGCCACUUUGGCAAGAUCCUCGGAUCAGGUUCAUUGCUCUGGAUUUCCUAAAGCCUGUCGAUGAGCUUGUUCAAUUGAUGCAACCUCUGUGCCACGAUGUGACACACGCCUUCUUUGCUUCCUAUGUCCACGACACGGACUUUGCGAACCUGAAGAAUUACAAUGUGCCACUUUUUCAAAACUUCCUCCUGGCUACUGAUAAGUCCAGCGACUCCUUAAAACGGGUCAUUCUUCACACUGGAGGCAAGCAUUAUGGAGUCCAUCUCGGUCCAGUGGAGGUACCAGUUCAUGAAGGGAUGGCUCGUUACGAAGACUAUGGGGAGAACUUCUACUAUAUACAAGAAGACUUCAUGUUCGAUUUGGCCGCCAAGCGCACAUGGAACUGGAAUAUCAUUCGCCCUAUGGGCAUCAUUGGUUAUACACCCGCAGGAAAUGGAAUGUCCAUGGCACUCACUGUGGCAAUCUAUUUCCUCACUUGUAAGGAAAUUGGUCAAGUCCCAAUGUUCCCAGGAAACAAGUUCUUCUACAACGCUGUCGAUGAUGCUUCCUACGCGCCGAGCAUUGCAGAUAUGAGCGUAUGGGCUUCCACUCACGAGCACACUAAGAAUGAGGCUUUCAAUCAUAACAAUGGGGAUUACAUCGUGUGGAGUUAUUUUUGGGCGAGGCUUAGUGAACAUUUUGGAAUGAAGAUCCCGGACAUCCCCGACUCGGCGUGGAAAGCAAGUGGGAAUGGACAGAAGAUGGAAAGUCAGAUCAAGAUGACCGAAUGGGCGAAAGACAAGAAAAAUGUCUGGGAGCGGGUAGUGGCUAAGCACGGCGGCAACCCCAAAGCCUUCGAUUGGGCAACAUGGGAUAUUCUUGAUUGGGGCCUUGGUGAAGGCUGGCUGGCUAUUACCACUGUCUCCAAAGCGCGCAAAUUUGGAUGGAUGCGGUUCGAUGAUACGUAUGAUACUUGGAUCGAGACGUUUCGGUCAUUCGAGAACGCGGGGGUUCUCCCUUUAACCGCACCAGCUGAGAGGAAGACGACAGGUCUUCGACCUCAUCCUGGAGGACGAUAA